UAAAUCCGGUCGGGCUGACUGAAGGGGUGAUAACAACCUGCUGCUGCUUGGAGGACUGGAUUCAUAGAAUUUUUAAGAGCCUGGAUGGAAGAAUAUAAAAUAUACAUCGUCGACCGUUGGGAUCCUUCUGAUUUUUUAGAUUUACAUUCUUCUCGCAGUCAUUUCAAUUUCCAGUUUGGGUGUGAACACAAUCAAGACGAGACCUGCCAAAUAUAUCUUGUUCCUAGUCGUCCUUACGUAAAGUUAAAAUCAUCCCAAAAUGCGACCGGACACUCGAAGUUUCUCCUUCACUUGGAUGAAAGGUCAGAGUCAAAAGACGAAGCUGCCACAUCAAAAGUUGGACGAUGACGAUGAGAGUCAACAAUCAACAUCAUCAUCAUCAUCACAACAAUGUAGUAAUCCUCCUCCUCCUCCCACUUCUAGUGAGGACGACAAGUCUGACAACUGGGCCGUCCAGCGAGGAAAUUCUGGCAGUCGGUUGAGAAAAUUGGGCAAUUCUUUGGUACGAUUACGCAACGGGGGGCGAUACUCAAACAUGAACAAUCUCGAGGAUGAAAACAAUUGGCAGAAGAUUAGCGAGGAAGUUUUGUCCUUGGAGGAGGAUGACGAGGGUGAAGACGAGAUGCGGAUGGAGGUUCAAAUCCAGGAUAAGUAUCAACCACCUGACGUAGUGACGAUGACGACGGGGGAGGGGACGAACGCGAAAUCCGAUCCCGUGCCGUUUCAGCCGAGGGAGAAUUAUAAUUUUAACAUUGGACCAGGAGGAGGAGAAACGUCUGGAAUGUCGUUGUCGAAACGGUUGAACAAAACGGUGCAGGGGGUGAAAGCGUCGUUGGGUAAUUUCUCACAGAAAUUUCGUAAGUCGACCCGACGUCGGUAUCGAGUCCCAUCGUCAACACCAGGCAGCGUAGCGAGCCCUGCGACUCGGAAAAUCCUAGGCCGUACGCCAACCAAACUGUAUUCUCCGUUCGGAAUUGAGACCCCAAUUUCUAUUAAGACACCAAAGAGAUUGGCUGAUCGUCCAUCAACUCCUCGACUGACUCGGAAAAGUAUGGUGGCCAGCCUUGCUUAUAGUCCGUCCAACAACUUCCGUCGCGACUUGGACGAAGCUCGCCGAGGCAUGCGAGAUUUUCAAAUCCUAUCCAGAGAUAUCACCCGUCGCAGCGUCCGCUUCUAAAAUAUACGCUAUUAAAUUUCUGAAUCUCAACGAUAUGCUCCUAUAAAGAUAAAACAAUAUUAACGUCCUGGAAGAAAAGAACUGCAACUCAAACGUCCAAUAUUUAUUCAGAUCUUAACUGCCAUGUAACUUUGUAAUCUCGCUUAUUUAAAAAAACAGACUGCCUCCCAAAGCCUAAUAUCGAUGGCCUAGCUGCAAAAAGUGUUAUCUGAGAGUUUUUGGUAGUUAUAUUUCCUGAGAUGAAACAUGCCGAUAAAUCACAUAACACUUUUUGCAGCUAGACCACCAAUAUUUAAAUAUUUAUUUAAAUAAUAGCCAAAAAACAUUGUGUAGUAUUUGUAUUCAUGAAUUUCAUACGGUGUUAAAAAUAUCGUAGCUUAAUUAAUCCAUACUUUUUUAUAUACAUAUAAAUUUACAAAUAUGUAGGAAGUACGGCGUAUUUUAUUUUCCGGGUGACUGUUUUAAAGGAAAUAUUUCCAACUUUUUACGAUAAUUAUAUGCUCUUUGAUAACUAAGGUAAUCAAAAGGUCGUACGUACAUCACUGAUUAAUAUAAAAAAAUUGUUAAGAACGUAGUUCUUCAUAAUUACGUUAAUAAGUUGAACAGAAAAUAAAAUGAAUUGAUUUCUGUUGCUUCGUGCUGCUGCUCUAUGUAAA